CUCGCUGCGAGCAGGUACAGCAUCUCUGCAGUCCACCGCUCAGCUGUCACACUCAGCUGCCCAGCGCUUCCAGUUUACAGGAAACUUCUCACACCACAGUCGGUAACGCACACGACCACACAGACACAGUAUACACCACACACUUGCACGCAAAGUGUAAACAGCGUGUGAUAGAUAGGUCACUCCACCCUGCCUCGUCUGUUUGCGUGUUGAUCCCUUCAGCAGGCCCUGCUUCUCCUGUCCACAGCGUCCGUGAUGAGUUACUACAUGGAUCCAGUUUCUUCCUACCCGGCCCUUCACCCCUGUGACCGUCUGGGCGCAAUGAGGCAAAGUGGAGGGGUGGCAAUGGGCCCUCACACCCAGUUCCCAGGUGUGGUUCACCCUCAGCAGCAGUACUACCCAUCACAGCCCCUUUAUAUCCAGGAUAUAACCCUACAGGAGGUACCCAAUGGACACGAUGUGUGCCCUACAGAUCCGGAGUGCGGAGAUGUUCCCCUGCUAACUCCAGGAAGUAAAGAGAUGAUGUCUCAGGCUCUGAAGGCCACGUUCAGUGGCUUCACAAAGGAACAGCAGCGCCUGGGCAUUCCCAAAGAUCCCAGACAGUGGACAGAAAACAAUGUGGCUGAGUGGCUAACGUGGACAGUGAAUGAGUUCAGUCUGAAGAAUGUUGACUUUGAUAAAUUCUGCAUGAAUGGAGCCACCCUGUGUGCGAUGGGGAAGGAUCGCUUCCUGGACCUAGCACCAGACUUUGUGGGUGACAUCCUUUGGGAACAUUUAGAGAUGCUUCAGAAAGAGGAUACAAAGCAUUACCCCAUCAAUGGACUGACCUCCAACUUCCAGGAAUCACGUUAUACCUCAGACUACUUUGUCAGCUACGGUGUUGAGCAUGCUCAGUGUGUCCCCCCCUCUGAAUACUCCGAGCCCGGCUUCAUCACAGAGUCUUAUCAGACACUUCAUCCCAUCAGCUCGGAGGAAUUGCUGACGCUUAAGUAUGAGAGCGAAUACCCUGCUGUCAUCCUACGGGACACGCCUCUCAAUCCGCUGCAGGGGGACUACUUUUCUGUCAAGCAGGAGGUGGUAUCCCCCGACAACAUGUGUGUGGGACGCCUCAGCAGAGGGAAACUCGGUGGCCAGGACUCCUUUGAGAGCAUCGAGAGCUUUGAGAGCUGUGACCGGUUGACCCAGUCAUGGAGCAGCCAGUCUUCAUUCAGCAGCCUGCAGCGGGUACCUUCAUACGACAGCUUUGACUCAGAAGACUACCCCACCGCCUUGCAUGGCCACAAGCCCAAGGGCACUUUCAAAGACUAUGUGAGGGAGCGCUCGGACCUCAGCAAGGAUAAACCCGUCAUACCGGCAGCUGCACUGGCAGGAUACACAGGCAGCGGCCCCAUCCAGCUGUGGCAGUUUCUUCUGGAGCUGCUGACCGACAAGUCUUGCCAGUCCUUCAUCAGCUGGACAGGCGACGGCUGGGAGUUCAAGCUUUCUGACCCAGAUGAGGUUGCUCGGAGGUGGGGCAAGAGGAAAAACAAGCCCAAGAUGAACUAUGAGAAGUUGAGCCGUGGCCUACGCUACUACUAUGACAAGAAUAUCAUCCACAAGACAUCAGGGAAACGCUAUGUCUACCGCUUUGUCUGUGACUUAAAAAGCCUGCUGGGGUACACUCCUGAGGAGCUGCAUGCAAUGUUGGACGUAAAGCCCGAUACGGACGAGUGAAUGCAAAGAAGACAGAGAAAGUGAACACAAAAAUUAAAGGGCCACGUGGACUGUGGCUCAUAAAGUGGUCUUAACUGUUUGAUAGAGUCGGUAAACCGUUUUUUUGGGGACCAAAAUGUUUUUAAUGACGAAUUGUGGUCUAUGUCAACUUCAAGCUCCUGUCUCUCAGACCAUGUUUUAAAAAGAAGGCACAAGCCAAAAGCCUGUAUUCAUACCCUGUUGCAUUUGAGAUGUGUAUGCGUGCGUGUGUGUGUGCGUGCGUGUGUGAGCGUGCAUAUGUGUGAAAUGUACCGGUAUUAUUUAGCAGCUCAAGGCAGAAGGAGCACUGUCGGGUAGAGUUCAGGUUCUGUUCUGCCUAAGUAGCACAGCGGGGAAGACGAGAGGACCAAGACAAAGUCUGAGAGAACCGAGAAAAAGCGCAAAAUAAAAAUGAUUCAUUUCAUUGUUGGGGUAAACAAAUCGCGGGCGGAAAGUUCCCGCUAUGAAAAUGAUGGUUGCCAAAAUGUAAAAAACGAAGGAGGGGUUAAAUGUCAUAUUUACAUACAUGCUUACUGUCUCUCUUUGGCAAAGAAAGAGUUUUCAGCUUGGACCAAAAAGUGUUGUUUUUUAAUUUGUUGUUUGAGGAGCGUAUGCUUGUGCCAGUAUUAUAUUAUUGAUGUUCAGAACACCCAAUGUAAACCAACCAGGCAUAUAUUGGAAAUAUUAUUUUUCUUAUGUUGUCAAUGAAGGUAUUACAGUGGAACCAAACAUUACAUGCAAGUGUAACUGUUCUGUUCUCUAGGAGCCAUUAACUGAAAUGUGCUGAUUCGUUAUCAGACAACACUAUAGAUACCGGCCGUGUGCUUUGAAGGGUGUGAGGACAUGGUGAGAUUACUCAUCCCAAGAGUGUCUGAUAGACAGGCAACUGAAAGUAGCCGUUGCUUUUGAAACUGACGCUUUCACCUUUACGUACAUGUUUGCCACCUUGUUAGAGAGACACAUAUUGUGACUGAAACUUAUGCAUUUUUGCAUAUACCACCAGUAUUAGCAAACUGUAGACAAUCUUAUGUGGGGAAAUUCAGGAGUCUUUGGUAAGAAGAGUUGUUUAAUGUGCAGAUUAGAUGCAUAAUUUGUCGGUUCACUGUCCAUGUUCGUGUUGCUUUAGAAGUGUUUGAAUAGUCUUGUCUGUCUAUAUGAUAAAAUCACAAGUGAAAUAGUUGAGGGAGUGAUUUUUACAAAAUCCUAAGAUUGUCAGAUUUUUUUUUUUUUUUUCCCUUUUUGUUAAGCCGUACAUUUUGGUCACAUGGAAACAACUGCAGUAUAGAGUGAAGGUACAGUGUAGGAAAAAGGGACAGGCGAUUAGAAAAACGUUGACUAGAGAGAAUUGGAAGUUGUAUGGGAUAGGUGAAGGUGACUGAAAGGAAUUUGUUGACCCCGCAGGUAAUGAUCACUUGUGAGGUCUGACAGAAUUGAUGCAAGUUGGCACUGCUUGGAGGUUUGCAUUACAUGGGUUGUGUACUUAAUUUUCCACCGCCGUUGUGGUCGGAUGCAGCUUUGAGCUGAAACCUCAUCGCAAAUGGAGACAUUGAGGGCUAGUGGCAGACAUUUGUAUUUCAUUUUUAGGUGUGUGAGUUACUUCUAUAGUUCAUAGUGAGUAACUCAUCUAUGAUUCCACCCAUAUUUGUGCAGUUUGCUCAGAAGACAUGCAUUAAGUAUCACUGGUUACCUUUGAGCAAAUUGGCAGUGGUUUCCUCCCGACAGUGGGAAAAGUGUCUGUAUACGGGCCUUAUGGGAAAUGCCAAAGUGGAAUAUCAUCUUAGAAUACAAUGUUAUUGUUUACAGUGGCUGAAUGUUACCCAUAUGGAUGAAAAUAGCUUUUGAGAUGUCUAUUUGUACAGAUUGUAUUUCAUAAUGCUUUAUUGAGACCCAGAUUACACAAAUAAGCAAGAGACAAAGCAGGAAUAAUAACCAAAACUCAUGUGAGGUCUUUAGCCAUGGUGCUUUGGGUAUCAUCUACAAAGUUGGAGGACAGGGACCAGAAUUCUCUCAUAUUUUUUUGGAAAGUGUUGACUCUUCUUUCAUCUUUUUGUUAAUAUGUUGGAAAACACACAGCUUUAGGACAAAGAGAAAUGCCUUCAUCGUUCUGUGUUUCCCACUGAGUGUAGAGAAGAUAUGCUGUAUAUGUUCAUAAUGUUUUAAUUGGUAACAAAAGCUUGUCCCACAUCAUCAAGCACUGACUCACAAACCUUCGCCCAUGCUUGUCAUCCGUAACAAAAACUUCAACAAAUGAAUUAGUAAUAAGCUGCACUGUUUUUUUUUUUGUUUUGUUUUGUUUUUUUCAUUCUUUUCUGCAUGUGGAUGUCAAGGUUUCAAAACACUGUUUUCUUUUUCUUUUUUCUGUUUUAUUUUGUUCAGGUUCAUUUUUAGAGUUUUAUGUUGGAAAGAGCUUUACAGAGUUUUAAACAUAAUUGUAACUGCUAUCAGUGCCCUGGAAAGUUUUUUUUUUUUUCCCCUCCACACAAGGUCAUAAUAUUCCUACGGUUGGCUUCAUAAGAUUAUUGUGCUAACAAAAACAAUGUUAAUAUUUUGAAAAUGAUUUUGUCAGGAAUUGUCAGGUUAUGUAUUAAUGAACCUUAGUCGGGCAUACACACCAGUAGUUUGUGGCAUAUGCAUAUCUCAGAAUGGAUUCAGAAGGAAAACCGUUUUUUUGUUUUUGGAUGUUUUUUGUUUUGUUUUUUCUUUUGUAUAUUUUAUAGUCUCUGUAUUUUUGUUAUGAGAUCAUUUUUAUUGUAUUUAGUUCGCAAACAUUUGAAUAUUUUUCAAUAAUUUAUAUUUUAUAAAAGACGAGACGCAGACAGCUGGUGCUUUCAUGGGAAUUUAAAGGUAGCGCAGGACAAAAUGUAGCGAAUUCUUUUUUUGUUUUGUUUUGUUUUUUUAUUCUUUUUUAUACAGAAAAUAGACCUGUCUGCUAGAGAAAAAAGGCUGAUGCUGGCCCAUCAAUGAUUUCUGCUGGAAAGGUUUUAUAAACUGUAGCUUCUAUUUCUAAAAUGUACUUAAUGUACUUCAAAAUGUUAUAAAAUAUAUGUGAACAAAGAUUUCA